GUUGACAGCCCAGUGACAGCCCAGGGUGAGGUGAUCCAGUGUGUACGGAUGUUGAGUUUGGCAGCGUAAGAGAGGACAAAGGGGAGGGAUAGCAGGACGACGCUCCGAUCCAGGGGCGGAGAGGAAGAAAAAAAGAAGAGGAGGAGAAAAGAAAGGAGGAAAAAAGGGAGGAGGGAGAAAUAAAGAUUCACUGUCGGAGGAAAAAAAAUGUGUGAGUGUUUUAUCUAGUGCGCGGCCAGAGGAGGACAUCUAACAAGGCGGCUCCAUUCUCCAGAGAAAUAGCACGAUCCGUACCGACUGGGACCGGGGCUGGAUGUGACUGGAGCACGAAGGCGCCUCCGUCUUUUUUUCCCUGUCUGAGGAAGAGAGGAAAGAAAAAGUAACUUGUGGCCGGAGGAAAAAAAAAUACGAAGCGGAAGAGAUCAGGCGAAAAAACCCGUCGAGCGACUUCUGCUGUGGAAAGGGGCGAAGGGGGUUAGAGUUCCCGGCGGAGGGUGGGGAGCUGCUGGGAGUUCACUCCCGUAAUCCCUGACGUUCUAUCGCGUCUUCCUAGAACCCGAUCCGAAAGUUUGCUGUAAACGGAUACAAGCAAAGUUCUUCAUUCGAUUCCUGCUGGCCCCACACCGGGAGUGAUCAACGAUCGUUGUGGGGAGGGGGGGAGUGAUCCUCCUGGAACCCGGGAGAUCAGGAGGGGCGCACCGCUCCGGGCUGAGCCGGAGAAGCAUGAUGAGCUCUGGUGGCGGUGGAGUGGGUGCUGGAAGCGGCGGCGAGGUGGUCUGCUCCGGAUGGCUCCGUAAAUCACCGCCGGAGAAGAAGUUGAAACGUUUUGCAUGGAAAAGAAGAUGGUUUGUACUUCGCAGCGGACGUUUAACCGGAGAUCCCGAUGUACUCGAAUAUUACAAAAAUGACCACGCCAAGAAACCAAUUCGAAUUAUUGACUUAAACUUGUGCGAACAGGUUGAUGCCGGGUUGGAAUUCAACAAAAAAGAGUUUGAAAACAGUUAUAUUUUCGAUAUAAAGACCAUCGACAGAGUUUUCUAUUUAGUGGCCGAAAGUGAAGAGGAGAUGAAUAAGUGGGUUCGAAAUAUAUGUGACAUCUGUGGGUUUAAUCCUACUGAAGAAGAUGUUGGGAAGCCUCACGGCGUUCCUAUGCAUGCACCUAUUGAAAUUCCUAUGUCUGGAAGUUCAGAACCCUCUAGUCAAGGGUCAUCACUCCAUGGACCUCUUCCUCCUCCAUAUCAGCUCAUCAAUGUGCCGCCUUUUGAAUCUUCUAACACUCAAGAAGAUCCACAGGACUACCUGCUGUUAAUCAACUGCCAAAGCAAAAAACCAGAGCCAUUCAGGAAAGGGUCCUCAUCAUUAGCAUCAGAAGAAGAAUAUCUGCUGCUAGAAGAUUUUGAGAGCAAAAAGAUAUCUUGGCAGUCUCAUGCUGAUUCGGCAAAGUCAACAGCAUCGGAAACAGACUGCAACGAUAAUGUCCCUACUCAAAAAGGAAGCAAGCAUUCUGUGAAUGGGUAUUUCCAGCAGUCCAGUGUUUAUGAUUCUCCAUCCCGCACAGGCUCAUCCUCUACCGAGGCCAGUUUUUACAGCCUUCCCCGAAGCUACUCUCAGGACGUUUUACCAAAAGCUGUAUCUCCAUCUGGCACAGACGGAGAUGGGGAAUCAAAUGUUUUUAAUAUGUCCGGAGCAUCUUUAUUGGAAGCUCAGUUUAGAAAUCUAUCAGUAAGUUAUGACAUACCGCCGUCUUCGGGAGGUACAUACCAGAUUCCCAGGACUGUUCCUGAAAGCUCUGUGGGGCACACGUCAACAAAAUUAGAGACUGUUUCAAAUGUUCCUCCACCCAGACCGCCAAAGCCUUAUUAUUCAUCGGAACGGUCCCCGAUUGAACAUAAUUUUACCCGUACGGCCUCAGAGACUGACAGUAGCUACUGUGUUCCUACAUCUGGAAUGUCCGCUUCUCGUAGUAAUACUGUUUCCUCCUUAGAACUAAAUAAAUACAGGAAAGAUAUGAGUUCCCAAGAUUUUUAUGAUAUUCCUCGGCCGUAUAUCAGCGACAGAUCAAGCUCGCUUGAGGGCUUUCACGGCCAUUUUAAAAAUAAGAGCAUGAUGGGUGUGGGAAGUUUCUCAAAUGAAGAACUAGAUGAAAACUAUGUAGCCAUGAACCCAAAUUCACCUCCUCGGCAGCAUUCCAAUAGCUGUACUGAACCCAUCCAGGAAACCAAUUAUGUUCCGAUGACUCCAGGCACAUUUGACUUCUCGUCGUUUGGAAUGCAAGUGCCACCUCCAGCACACAUGGGUUUCCGGUCCAGUCCAAAGACACCACCAAGGAGGUCUGUGCCUUCUACAGACUGCGGACCCCCUCCGGUGGAUCGCAACCUUAAACCAGACAGGAAAGGUCAGAGCCCUAAAAUUUUAAGACCUAAACCUCAUGGUUUAGAGCGAACUGAUUCACAAACCAUAGGUGACUUUACCACCAGAAGAAAGGCAAAGCCAGCACCAUUGGAAAUCAAGCCUUUACCCGAGUGGGAAGAAUUGCACAUGCAGACUCCAGUGCGUUCUCCUGUCACUCGAAGCUUUACACGAGACUCCUCCAGGUUCCCUAUGCCUCCCAGACCGGAUUCGGUUCAUAGCACAGCUUCCAGCAGUGACUCGCAGGACAGUGAAGAAAACUAUGUAGCCAUGAACCCCAGUCUGUCCAAUGAAGACCCAGGAUUAUUUGGGAGCAGCAGUCUUGACGGUGGGAACAGUCCCCUAGUAAAGCCUAAAGGAGACAAGCAGGUGGAGUACUUGGACUUGGAUCUAGACUCUGGAAAAUUAACACCACCAAGAAAGAAGAAAAUCAGCGAUUCUGGGAGCAUUGCUGCUGAUGAAAAAGUGGAUUAUGUUGUAGUGGACAAACAGAAAACUAUUGCGCUGCAAAACACUAGAAGAGCAUGGACUGAUGGGAGACAGUCUACUGAGUCUGAAACUCCAACCAAGAGCUUAAAGUGAACAUUUCCAAAUGCAGCUGGCAGUUGUGUUGAGUUUUAGGAAGGCACGACGUAAUGCCCUCCAUACUAUUUGGAAAUAUGGAACACUUCAGAUGGAUCAGUGAGACAAAAAUGAAACUGUGCACCAUGCCAUCUGCAACACUCAGACCAUGUAUAUGAUGUAUGAUAUGAAAACUUACUGUCUCACAAGAACCAUAUGUUUAACACAUUUAGCCAUGUUUUGUAGUAUUACUAUGUUUAUGCACUUUUUGCGGUUCAAACAAUGGUUCUUGUGCCUAACACCCUAACCCCUUUUUUUUUUUUUAUUAAUUUUCUUGCUUGAAUUUUAUUUGCAUUUCUUCUCCUUUUGCACACUAUUACUAGCUGUUAUCUGUUCAGACCCCCUAAUACCAGAAAAGGCCACUUGCUAUAUAUUGACCUCGUGUGGCUUAAACACCUGUACAUAGUGUACUUUCACAAAGGGCAGUAGUAAGUAGUGUGUGUUUUAAUAUAUUUUAGGGUUUCAUUUUUGAAUGCUGUUAUGACAGUGUCAUUUUUCAAUCCUCAGGCAUGGCCAGACUUUGUAGAGGGGUUGGUCAUUCAUGUCUAGAUUUGGAAUGUUAACUGUGAUAUUAACAAAUUUCAAAGUCAUCUGCUCAGCUCUAGAAGGAACUCUUCCUCACCUUUUUUAACUGACUGCGUGAUUACAAUUAUGUUCAGAAUCUUCUUGAAAUGUAAACGUAUAUCUUGUUUUUAAGAGUGCUUUUAUUUCUCUCAUCUCCAAAUGUAAUACUUGGAGGGCGUAGGGCUGGUGCGCUUUAAACAGCAUUUAAAAAAAAAAAAGUGAUAUACUGAUGAAUUAAUGAUCAACUUUAAACAACUUGUCGGAAACAGUUUCAUGGUUUUACACAUGAAACAUUCAGUGAUGACGUAAAGCUAAAAACUGUAAUAUUUAACUAAAAAAAUGUAAUUAUGAAAAUGUUGCCUUGAGCAAUUUA